UUGUGAAUUCUACUUAAUAUUCGUCUGAGGCUGAGGCCCUGACGUUUCUAUCGUUUAUAUAUUCAUUGAUAUUCAUUGUAGCUUGCCCCCCCCCGUGACACUGGUUCCAAAUGGAGGCUAUAACAGCGCGAUGUCUAGAAGUUGCACUUUGAAUAUAUAAUCGGAUCAGACUAUUUCUACUUAAGAUUGUGAUAUUCUUCAAAAGAAUUUCCAUAAGUUUUAUACUCCUUGGAACUUAUCCUUUUUCCAAUUAUGGAUUGGUCGAAUAAAAGUAGCAGUGACCGUUAUGAGAAUUGCUCACGGUUCUUUUAUGGUGCUGAUAAAUUAAAAUUUAUUCGAACAUUUUUUAACCAGUAUUCUCCCAAUGAAGCAACAAGUGGGAGAACAAUGAUGCAUGCAGCUGAAGGAGAAAAAGGGGUUGCUUUUUUCAUUGCAAAACGAGAUCGAGACGGGAAUACUCUACUGCAUCUUGCGAUAGAGAAUAACGAGACGGAGGUAUUCAAUCUACUAAUUGAAGAAUGUAAUGUAAACGUGAAAAAUAUCAGACAUCAAACGCCACUUCAUUAUGCUGCAGCUAAUAACAGGAUUCAAUUUACAAAAGUGCUUAUAGAAAAUGGUGCCAUGGUUAAUGUAGAAGAUAUUGAGCAAAAAACACCACUUCAUCUUGCUUUGACAAAUCAAAACGUUCAAUUAUCAAAAAUUCUUUUUAAGAAUGGCGCUGUUAUAAGUAAUAGACAUUUUAAUUUAUUUCGACCCCUUCAUUCUGCUGCUGAAAGUGGGAAUUUGGAAAUUGUUAAAUUGCUUAUGAUGAACGGAUGUAAUACAGUCGAUGGUAUAACAACCUAUAAUUGUCCUCUUACCGCAGCAGUAAUUAGCGGUCAUUUAGAAGUUGUAAAGUAUCUGAUGAAGAAUGGUUCUAAAGACAAUAAAACCAUUACUGAAGAUCGCUUCAAUUUACUUGUAAGGUGUGUGAAACCUGACCAAUUCAACAUUUUUAAAUAUUUAGUCAGUGUGGGUGUGAAAACGAAACGUACUAUAUUAUCUACUGCUACAUAUUGGAAACGCUAUAAUAUUUGGAAAUAUUCAUUGAAGUGUAUCUCUAAAUUAAAUUUAAAUACACGUUCUAUUGAGACAGAGCUUCAUUCGGCUAUUCGUGCCAGAGAAGUAGAAACUGUUAAAAUAAUUGUAGCAGCAAGCAAUGUUGAACCGAACUCUUUAGCUUGUAAAUUAGCUGUCUACAUUGCCGUUGAAAAUAACAGUGAAGAAAUACUAGAAGUUCUUCUAAAUGCGAAAUAUUCAGUUGAAGGUUUUGAAAAAGUUAGUCCUCUUCACAUUGCAUCAACAUUCGACAGCACGAGAUUAGUAAAAAUGCUAUUGAAAGCUGGAGCUGACAUUAAUUCAAGAACUGGUGAAGGUUUUACACCGUUACAUUUUGCAGCAGCUGCACUAGAACCAACUAUUGUUAAACUUCUCUUAAAAAAAGGUGCCGAUCCUCAUAUAACUUGUGAUUACAAUUCAUCACCAUUAUCAUUUGCUUUAAGUAUGCUUACGGGACGAUAUGAAACUCCUUUGACCAUUACUACCUUAAUGUUUAAAAAGAUUUUAAAAAUUAUGGAAAUACUAUUCUUUAAGGAAAGUUAUCAUCCUAAAGUAACAGAAGGCGACUUAAAUAACAUGUUUUCAAUCACAAAUCGUAUGUGGCUUUCGAGAGACAAAAGUAAAGAAAGUACAUCAAAUUCAAUGUUAGAUGAAGAAACGUCAAACGGUACAUUCGAGAACAUCAGUACUUCACAAUCUCCAUUUGGAAUGCUUAAAUUAAUAUUUAAUUACCUAAAAAAAGAUAAAGAGGAACAUUAUUUUCUAUUGAGAAUAAAUGAUAAAUGGGAGAAAUCAAAUAACUCUCCUGAACUGUUUCACAUUUUGAUGGAAUACAAUAAUUUUAAAUCUUGUUCCGAAAUUGAAAUACGACUUUACCAAAAUUCCUAUGAAUGCAAUUUACUCUUAAUUGAUUACGCGGACAGUGUUAAUAAUCUUACAAAUGUUGAAAUUCAAUAUAAUUUCGAUCCAUCUUAUAAACUAUCUGCAGAAGAUGAAACCGUUUAUCUGAAAUUAAUAGUUGCGCGUCUAUUAUUACUGAUAACUGAAGAUAAUUUGAUAUUGUUAGAAUUUUGUAGGAAACAUAAUCUUAACGAUUGGAGGCAGGAAUGUGAAAGGCAAAAAGUUAUCAUGAAAAACACGAAAGUUGAAUAUAGCUCAAACAUCUCUUUCUAUGAUAUUUUAACCGAACGUAUUGAGAGAUUCUCAAAGUACACAGAAAACAAGAAUUUCCUCAAAAUCGUAGAAUCUUCAUACAUCAAGUUUCCAGCAUAUGCUGAAUUUCUGAGGAUCUAUGUCGAAAAAUGUAGAAGAAGAAAUGAUCUUAUGGAAGAAUGCAUGGAUUCUAUGUUUGUUAUGGUUAAAAUAAAUUACAAAAUUCAAAUGUUAAACGAUGAUUGUAAUCCAAUUUUUCAAUAUCUUUCGGUAGCUGAUUUACGAAGACUUUUAGCAGCGUGUUCUUAAAGUUUUUUCAGUUUACAAAAAAAUUAUUUUUGUACUUGACAUAAAUCUAAGAAACUUAGUUUUAUAAUUACUUUAUUUAGUUUGCUUGUAAGUUUAUCUACUAGAAGGAAGCUUUCUAAUUAUGACAUUAAGUGUAUGAAAAUCACUUACUUUUCACGUGAAUGAUUCCUGACGCAUUUUAAGCGAAAAACUUGAUUAAAAUUAUCAAUAAUUCAAAAAUAGUACUAAAAUAAAUGAAUGUACAAAAAACCAAAAAUGUAACAAUAGAUAGUAUUUCUAAAAAUUUUG